AUGUUAGUAAAUAGGUUCAUAAAGAAGCGACUAGAUGAAAACACAAAUCUUUUCGUUACUAUGAAGAUCUUUGCAUUGUUUUUGGAAAAGACCAAGCUCAAGGAAAAUAGAGCUAAAGAUUUCAUUGCGAUGGAACAAGAUGUGAACUUAGAAGAAGAAAUGCAAAAGUCGGAUGAUGACAUACUUGAAUCCGAGGAAAUUAGCCAUAAUACAACAGUGCAAAAUGAGGAAACUUCACCAAGUGUUCGCUCUAAUAAGAGGAAACGGUGUGCCGAUGAUGUGUUCCAUAAUGUGGUUGGUUUGAUUACUGAAAGUCUUAAAGAAAUAUCAAAAGAUUUGAAUCCAUGUAUUACAUUUGACAUGAAGAUUAACGAAUUGAGUGAGAAAAUCCCUCCGAAAAUUUUAAAGAUGAGUUCAUUAAGUCAAGUCGAGAAGUUCAAAGCUUUGACCAAUAUAAGAAGUGAUCCAAUAUACGUACAAAAUUUUUGGCAAAUUGAAGAAGGCGAUAGAGAAGUUUAG